GAAGCUUAGCAGGAACAUCAAUCAGUCCCAUUGAUAGCUAAUUGAUCAGUCGCCACUGUAAUAUUAACUCUCAAAUUUCCGUUUUGUGAUGAUACAGAAGAAUUGCAACAGCGGUUCUAUUGGCUGAUGAUGAAUCAAGAUCAGGAAGUGCCAGUGUCGACCAACCAAAGUGAACCAGGACGGCCGUUGGGCUGUUUAUUCGGAUCAACGCCGCCUUACUAUCAACACAGUCCGGAUCAUUACAAAAUUAUCCCGACUGUUGGAUCAUUUACGGCCGACUGGCGGGAACCUUGGCACCAUGAAGGAAACAGUUGUGAAGCUAAUGACAGCGAGCAAUAUGUUCCUGACUCCAACUACAGUUCAAAUAAUGAUGUAAAACCUGAUGGAAUUUCAUCUGUGGGCAAGUCGCCGUUUUGCCAUCCUUCCUAUACGGCUGAAAACUUUCAAGAAAUCUACACGAACGCUUAUCAACACACCAGUUGCUUUUACUCAAACACCCUCUAUAAUAGAAUUACCACUUUAACGCAUCGAAGUAGUGAAGAGCCACAUGGAAGCGAUAACGGCCAUAGUGUAGGUCAGAUUAUCAAGCAGGAACCGAAUGAAAAGGAUAAUAAUGCCAUUUACCCAACGCAUUGCGACAAUUCCAAAAGUUCCUCCCCAUCGAAAACAGUAUGGCGACAAUCAAGCAACAGUAACAAAUCCUGCGACAGUAGCGGCCGUGCGAAAGAUUUGCCUAUUUCCGCACGUGAAUACACAUUUCAUGGCUCUCCAACAGGAAGAAGAGGGUCACUCCAACUCUGGCAAUUCCUCGUCGCUCUUCUGGACACUCCAGAUGUGAGCUCCGGAUGCAUCGCUUGGACUGGGCGCGGCAUGGAGUUUAAAUUAAUCGAACCAGAAGAGGUGGCAAGACGUUGGGGUGCACAGAAGAAUCGGCCAGCUAUGAACUACGACAAAUUAAGCCGAUCGCUGCGAUAUUACUACGAAAAGGGAAUCAUGCAGAAGGUUGCAGGAGAAAGAUACGUGUACAAGUUCGUUUGCGACCCAGAAGCGCUGUUUAAUAUGGCAUAUGGAAACCAACCAGAAUCCGGUCUAAAAGUCCAAACGAAAGCAGAACAGAUAGGGCCGAAAUUGGACACUCAUAAUUUGGCCUAUACAGAUAUGAUAAGCUUUUACAAUUGCGGCCUGGCCCAUUCCUACCAGCAUCUUCAUCCCUACUUGCAAGAUUCUAGAGCUACCAGGUAUCCCUAAUUGAGUUUACUGGAUUAUUACAAAAGAAAACACCUAAAGUUCGUCCUAUAAAACCCACAUUCAAAGUGAGUUUAUUUCGAAACCUCCAAUGAAUUUUCGUUUAAAAGUGGCCAUGAAAUUACUUAAUAAAUGUAUGUUGUUAUGUUUUAUACAGCUUCAUUGUAAAUAUACGCUUUUACGGUUCCAUAAUUGUUAAGACAUUGAUGUAGGUACCUAAUGUACGAUUUAUGCAAAUAAACGUUUAAGUCUA